UUAUUUUUUGUUUUGAUUCGAUAUUUUAUUUUUGUUUCAUUAUUUUUUAUUUAUUUUUUGUUCAAUGAUUUUUAAAAAUUUACUUUUAUUUUUAAUUUUUUGUGUCAAACUUUUCUCGUGUGAAGAGAAAGCAUGGAGUGGCCCAUGGUUUCCUCGAAAUCCAAACGAAAAACAUUCCAAAGUAGAGGAAAAAUCUUCGACGAAUGAAUCUGGACACGUUUGGAAGGGAAAAUAUUUCCCUCAUCCGCCCCAUCCGAAAGAUCUGGAGAAAGCGAAGCAAUUUAAGCUCAAGAAACAUCCAAAUUUGAUUCCCAUGGGAAUACCUAAUCCCGUGUGUGACGACGCCAAAUCGAAUCUUGCCACAGAUUUUGAUCCAGAUGACAUUACGUUCCACGAAGAAUUCCUCUGUAUGCGUUCUUACAAGCAAUUUAUGCCAAACACCUCCGUAAAAGCGCGACAUUUAACGUACAACAUUCCAAAAGGUUAUCGUUUUCGACAUAUUUGUAUGAAUGAAACCAUCGAAUACAAAGAAAAUAUUCCGUCUUACGGGAAUCAUCGAGCUUUGUGGGCAGCAUGGGGAGAAUAUAAAUUUUUACCGAAACAGCGAUGGGUUCAUAAUUUAGAGCACGGAGGCAUAGUAAUGCUGUAUCAUACAUGUGCUUUACAUUCGGAAGUCCAAAAAUUAAGAGAAAUUGUUGAAAAUUGCCUUUAUCGUCACAUAAUAACUCCAUAUUCGGAUUUAACUGCUAAACGUCCUUUGGCAAUAGUUGCGUGGGGAAAUACUUUGGAAAUGUCAGUCGUUAGUCCAGAAAUUGUUCUGAAUUUUAUUAAAAAAUAUGCGUUACAAGCUCCCGAAAAGAUUCCGGAUCAAGGACAAUAUCAACAUUUGCUCAUUAAAAAUGCCACGAUAAUUUCGGAUUUUGAAGAUAGUAAACUUUGUCCAUAUCAAUCUGGUAUGAACGCGAAUAAAAAUUAAGACUUGACUAAAUUUAAUGAAAAAAAAUUCUUAAAAUUUGACGCGAGUUAUUUAAUAUUUGUUUUUCGCUUAAUGAUUUUAUUUGAGAAUUUUUUUAAAAACUUAUAAAUUUAUUUUUUUUUUCAUUUUUUAAAUUUUUUAAAAAUAUUUUUAAAUUUAAAUAAAAUUAUUAAAAUUUAAAUAAAACUAUUAAAUAAUUUAAAGAAUAAUUUUUAAAAUAUUUUAAAAAUUUAUUUAACAUGAAAUCAUAUAAUAACUAACAUUUUUACAUUCGUUAAAUUUUAACCACGUGACCUGA